GAACACCGUCCCCAGCCCUCACCUUCCCCCCCAGAACCAUUUCUAGCUCUAGAACCUCCCCUGGGGUUCCAUGGCCAUGGCAGAACCCAGGAGCCCUGGCUCCCCUGGAGACCACAGCCCUGGCCUUGGUGGGACAAUAAUGACUUGUUGGGCGUCAUGGAGCGCCAGGCAGUAUUCUAAGCACUCAAUGUGCCACAGCCUGCUUGGUUUUCAGGGCCACCCUCCAAGAGAGGUGCUGUAAGAUCUCAGUCUUUGAAGACCAAGAGAAGCCUAGUGGCUGGCCCUGGGUUACCCAGCCACACUUCAGACCCAGAUAGAACUGUGACCCAGUCCCACUCCGAGAGGACCAGCCUGCCCACCAUGGCGAGCCCCACUCUGAGCCCCGACUCCUCGUCCCAGGAGGCCCUGUCAGCCCCCACCUGCUCCCCCACCUCGGACUCUGAAAACCUCAGCCCCGAUGAGCUGGAGCUGCUGGCCAAGCUCGAAGAGCAGAACCGGCUCCUGGAAGCCGACUCCAAGUCCAUGCGUUCCAUGAAUGGCUCCCGGCGGAACAGCGGCUCCUCGCUGGUGUCCAGCUCCUCGGCCUCCUCCAACCUGAGCCACCUGGAGGAGGACACGUGGAUCCUGUGGGGCCGGAUUGCCAACGAGUGGGAGGAGUGGCGGCGCCGGAAGGAGAAGCUGCUCAAGGAGCUCAUCCGCAAGGGCAUCCCACACCACUUCCGGGCCAUCGUGUGGCAGCUCCUGUGCAGCGCCACGGACAUGCCCGUCAAGAACCAGUACUCGGAGCUGCUCAAGAUGUCCUCGCCGUGCGAGAAGCUGAUCCGAAGGGACAUCGCGCGCACCUACCCGGAGCACGAGUUCUUCAAGGGCCAGGACAGCCUGGGCCAGGAAGUGCUCUUCAACGUCAUGAAGGCCUAUUCCCUGGUCGACCGGGAGGUGGGCUACUGCCAGGGCAGUGCCUUCAUCGUGGGCCUGCUCCUCAUGCAGAUGCCCGAGGAGGAGGCCUUCUGUGUGUUCGUGCGGCUGAUGCAGGAGUACCGGCUGCGGGAGCUCUUCAAGCCCAGCAUGGCCGAGCUGGGGCUCUGCAUCUACCAGUUCGAGUACAUGCUGCAGGAGCAGCUCCCGGACCUCAACACCCACUUCCGCUCGCAGAGCUUCCACACGUCCAUGUAUGCCUCGUCCUGGUUCCUCACGCUCUUCCUCACCACCUUCCCGCUGCCCGUCGCCACGCGCGUCUUCGAUAUCUUCAUGUAUGAGGGGCUGGAGAUCGUGUUCCGGGUGGGCCUCGCCCUGCUGCAGGUGAACCAGACGGAGCUGAUGCAGCUGGACAUGGAGGGCAUGUCCCAGUACUUCCAGAGGGUGAUCCCCCACCAGUUCGACAGCUGCCCGGACAAGCUGGUGCUCAAGGCCUACCAGGUCAAGUACAACCCCAAGAAGAUGAAGAGGCUGGAGAAGGAGUAUGCAGCCAUGAAGAGCAAGGAGAUGGAGGAGCAGAUUGAGAUCAAAAGGCUUCGGACGGAGAACCGGCUCCUGAAGCAGCGGAUUGAGACCCUGGAGAAGGAGAGCGCUGCUCUGGCUGAUAGGUUAAUCCAGGGGCAGGUGACCCGGGCGCAAGAAGCGGAGGAGAACUACGUCAUCAAGCGGGAGCUGGCGGUGGUGCGGCAGCAGUGCAGCUCGGCGGCGGAGGACCUGCAGAAGGCGCAGAGCACCAUCCGCCAGCUGCAGGAGCAGCAGGACAACCCACGCCUCACUGAGGACUUCGUGGCCCACCUGGAAACGGAGCUGGAGCAGUCAAGGCUGCGGGAGACCGAGACUCUGGGGGCCCUGCGGGAGAUGCAGGACAAAGUCCUGGACAUGGAAAAGAGGAACAGCUCGCUGCCGGACGAGAACAACGUGGCGCGGCUGCAGGAGGAGGUGAAGGCGCUCAAGGUGCGGGAAGGGGAGGCGGUGGCGUCGGCGCGGGAGCUGAAGCUGCAGCUGCAGGAGCUCUCGGACACCUGGCAGGCCCACCUGUCCCGCGGCGGCCGCUGGAAGGAGUCCCCGCGGAAGCUGGUCCCAGGCGAGCUGCAGGACGAGCUGAUGAGCGUGCGUCUGCGCGAGGCGCAGGCCCUGGCCGAGGGCCGCGAGCUGCGGCAGCGCGUGGUGGAGCUGGAGACGCAGGACCACAUCCACCGCAACCUGCUGAACCGCGUGGAGGCGGAGCGCGCGGCGCUGCAGGAGAAGCUGCAGUACCUGGCGGCGCAGAACAAGGGGCUGCAGACGCAGCUCAGCGAGAGCCGCCGCAAGCAGGCCGAGGCCGAGUGCAAGAGCAAGGAGGAGGUGAUGGCCGUGCGCCUGCGGGAGGCCGACAGCAUGGCCGCGGUGGCCGAGAUGCGGCAGCGCAUCGCCGAGCUGGAGAUCCAGAGGACCAGAUUCAGGAGCUGAAGGCCGAGGUGCGGCUGCUGAAGGGCCCGCCGACCUUCGAGGACCCGCUGCCCUUCGACGGGCUGAGCCUGGCGCGGCACCUGGACGAGGACUCGCUGCCGUCGUCCGACGAGGAGCUGCUCGGCGUGGGCGUGGGCGUGGGCGCGGCGCUGCAGGACGCGCUCUACCCGCUGUCCCCGCGCGACGCGCGCUUCUUCCGCCGUCUGGAGCGGCCGGCCAAGGACAGCGAGGGCAGCUCGGACAGCGACGCCGACGAGCUGGCCGCGCCUUACAGCCAGGGCCUGGACAAUUGAGCGCGUGGCCCGCGCGCCGCAGCCGCUGAGGGUCGCCCUGGGACGGGGCCGCUCCGCCCGCCGAGCGCGCCCAACGAACUCCACGGGCUCCGUGGUGCCGUCCGCCCUGGGGCUCGGCGGCGGGCAGGGCCCCCGCAGGCUCUCCCUCGCCGGCAGUGUCCGCACGGCCCCGAGCCCGCCUGCGCCGCAGGGGCGUCCGGGCACGCCGCGCGGGCAGGGGCCAGCCGGCGGGGGGCCCGUCUCCAGCAGGCGUCCUCUGGGGACAAGGGCAGCCCUGCUGGGAAGGGCUGGGCAGCUGGAGGCCUGAGGCAGGAGGGGCAGCUCUGGUUGGACGGUGGCACCCCGUCGGCGUCCCUCGGGACGCAGUGACCCCUGGCUGCGGGGCUUUCCUGCCUGGAGCAGGCAUGGUGGCCACUGCAGCGGAAACCAAAGCCCCUUGUCCUGUGUGCAGGGCCACCUGGGUGGGAGGGGCAGCUGCGAGGAAGUCAAGAGCCCGCUUCCCCGGCCCCAGCGCCUCAUAUCUUCCUCCCGGAGACCCCGGCAUGGCCCGUCGCAGCCAGUGAGGGAAGAGCGCCCCGUCCCUGGGGUCCUCGGCCUUCCCCAGGGGAGGGGCGUGGCCGAGGAGCUAGCUGCCCGUCCCCCCAUCCCUAGGGCCCCGCCCCACGGUCUCGGCCGGGAACGGUGCCAAAGUCGAGCGACGCCCUCAGAUCUUCUUCCUUCCCUCCUCCUGCCCUGGGCCUCGCGACCCUCGGGGCUGCCCUCGGUGCUCCUGGAGCCUCGAGGAGCGACCAGCGUCCUGUCACAAGCAAUCUCCUGGGGCCUCCCGGGGUGGGGACCUCCGCUCGGUCCCCACUUCCUGGCCGCCGCCCACUCUUCAGUGUUACAAGCCUGGGGGCUGGGGCGGGCACGCGCGGGGCUCUCUCACGUGCCCCCACACUGCCCACCACCAUUUUGCACACUGCCUGUUCACACUCCACUUGCCCAGGCGGGAACGAUGGGAAAUAAAGUGUAUUUACACAGUCA